UCGGUGGUGCGGGGAGCGGGAGGGAGCAGCGGCCGCUCUGGUCGGCGGACGUGCUGCCGAGCAGUCCCGGAAGCGAAGGAGCGAUGGCGGAGAGUCCGACUGAGGAGGCGGCGACGGCAGGCGCCGGGGCGGCGGGCCCCGGGGCGAGCGGCGUCGCCGGUGUUGUUGGCGUUAGCGGCGGCGGCGGGUUCGGGCCGCCUUUCCUGCCGGAUGUGUGGGCGGCGGCGGCGGCAGCGGGCGGGGCCGGGGGGCCAGGGAGCGGCCUGGCUCCGCUGCCCGGGCUCCCGCCCUCGGCCGCUGCCCACGGGGCCGCGCUGCUUAGCCACUGGGACCCCACACUCAGCUCCGACUGGGACGGCGAGCGAACCGCGCCGCAGUGUCUACUCCGGAUCAAGCGGGAUAUCAUGUCCAUUUAUAAGGAGCCUCCUCCAGGAAUGUUCGUUGUACCUGAUACUGUUGACAUGACUAAGAUUCAUGCAUUGAUCACAGGCCCAUUUGACACUCCUUAUGAAGGGGGUUUCUUCCUGUUCGUGUUUCGGUGUCCGCCCGACUAUCCCAUCCACCCACCUCGGGUCAAACUGAUGACAACGGGCAAUAACACAGUGAGGUUUAACCCCAACUUCUACCGCAAUGGGAAAGUCUGCUUGAGUAUUCUAGGUACAUGGACUGGCCCUGCCUGGAGCCCAGCCCAGAGCAUCUCUUCCGUGCUCAUCUCCAUCCAGUCCCUGAUGACUGAGAACCCUUAUCACAAUGAACCUGGCUUUGAGCAGGAGAGACAUCCAGGAGACAGCAAAAAUUACAAUGAAUGUAUUCGGCAUGAGACCAUCAGAGUGGCGGUCUGUGACAUGAUGGAAGGAAAGUGUCCCUGCCCUGAACCCCUACGAGGGGUGAUGGAGAAGUCCUUCCUGGAGUAUUAUGACUUCUAUGAGGUGGCCUGCAAAGAUCGUCUGCACCUUCAAGGCCAGACUAUGCAGGACCCUUUUGGAGAGAAGCGGGGCCACUUUGACUACCAGUCCCUCUUGAUGCGCCUGGGACUGAUUCGUCAGAAAGUGCUGGAGAGGCUCCAUAAUGAGAACGCCGAAAUGGACUCUGAUAGCAGCUCGUCUGGGACAGAGACAGACCUGCACGGGAGCCUGAGGGUUUAGACCCUGCUCCCCUCUCCCCUCCCCCCACUCGAGAGUCCCAGCAAAGUCCCUUCCCCCCACCCCAGGGAUGGAGAGGCACUUGUGUAUCUCCCUCCAAAUGUGACAUCAUCCCGCAAGAUGGCAAGAACCAAGCAAGCUUGGAUCCCAGGGUGUGGAAGUGGGGAGGCUGUUCCCGAUCUGACCUCCUUGGCUCUCGAGCAUCUGGGGCUGUGUUCAUCCCAUAUCAGGGGCCAAGGUACCUAUGCAGGAGCACCUAGGGCGAGGGCCUCUGGCAAAAACAAAACAACCAACACACCUCUCCACAGGGCCAGCUCCUUAGGGACAGGUGGAGACAGAAAUUGCAAUUCCUAGAGGGAGUGUGCCCAAAUGAUUUAUGGGGAUAUCUGGAAGGGAGCUUGGGGUGGGGGGCUGUCUGUGACACUUAAGCAGUCUGGGUGGUUGUCUGUCUGUCUGUCUUCAGUUUUGAAGCAGGGCUUCCCAAUGCCCUUUUCCUCCCUGCCUCUUUACCCCCAUCAUUUCCCACAGGCCAGCAUAAUUUUGUUUUUCCUAAUUUAUAGUCACUGUUCUAGACAGACCAAAGAGAAGGAACAGUGGUGGAGUCUAGGCUGCUGAUGAGUAAGCUUUACCUAGCACCUGAGCACCUUUCUCCUCUGCCCCCCCCCUUCCCUCACCCAUUCUAGAUUUAAGACAGAAGGUAAAUGUGACUGGGCCUGAACCAAGGUCUUGGUAAAGCCUGCACAGGCACCAUAAGAAGCUGAAUUGCCGUUUGUUCCCACAAUCACCGAUUUGAAAAGUUCCCAAUGCAGACAACUGUUGUGUGUAUGGGAUUAGAGCCACUACAUAGAACAGUCUCUUACAGAUUUUUCAUAAAUACUAGUCACAAUGAGGGUAUUACUCCUGGGGGUGGGGUACAGGGGGGAGGCUGAUGCUAGUCCUAUUGUAUUUUGUUUGGCUGUCCUUGUGUGUUUUCACCUCAGCCUGUAGUCCCCCUCCUCACUUCAAGGCCCAGGGAGGGGGCUUCCGUGGUGGUGGGGCUUCCGUGGUGGCGCAGUGGUUGAGAGUCUGCCUGCCGAUGCAGGGGACACGGGUUCAUGCCCCGGUCCGGGAAGAUCCCACAUGCCGCGGAGUGGCUGGGCCCGUGAGCCAUGGCCAUUGAGCCUGCGUGUCCAGAGCCUGUGCUCCGCAACGGGAGAGGCCACAACAGUGAGAGGCCCGUGUACCAGUUUAAAAAAAAAAAAAAACAGGCCCAGGGAGUUGUGGGGAGCAAGGGUGGCCAAUGGCAGAGGGGAUUGAAGCUGGGACUCUGUGAAGACUCCUCUCCUUCUCUCCCCCCCCACCCCCAACUGCUCUUUGUCACUGACUCUGAUGGGUGUUUGCCUGGCUGUGUCGCUUCUCUAUUUAGCUGCAGUGAUCCUUUAUCUGGUUGGCUCAGAAAAAUGUACUUUAGGUGCCCUGUGACACUGGGCAUCAAGGGAACCCAUCCUUCCCCUUUUUGAUGUGUUCUCCUGUACUUUCCAGAUUCUUACUGAUAGGUCUCCCAGUGGGGUAUUGGUGAUCCACAUGACACAGGGCCUCAGUCAGUAUCCAGCCACAUGUAAGGGAGAGGAUAACUUGUACCUGCUCUGCCCGCUGCUAGAGAGGCCUCUGCCUUGUGGGUCAUGAGACUUCCUGGGGAAGUUGGGAAGGGGGUUGGGCACAAAGGAGAAUGUCCUACUUGGGAGGGCAGGAAGCAAAGGAACUGGACAGGAAGUGGGCUUGGGGGACAGAAGUAUUAGCUUUGAAACCUGAAGGCUGGGCCUCUUCACAAGAAGACUCAAGAAGGGGCCCUGCUUCCAAUUUCCCUCUUCCAUUCCCAGAGCUAGUACAGGCUUGGAAGAAUGCCCUUGGUCUGUUGGUCCAGUGUUACCUGUCAUACAUUUAAGUGUUCCCACUUUCAAGUGACAAUCCUCUCCUUGGUCCUGCCAUGGGCAGAGCAUGUCUGGCAUACUAGCCUGACUUUUACGUCCUAAUCUUGAGUUGAGGAAAUAUAUGCACAGGAGUCAAAGAGAUGUCUUUAUAUCUGACUGUACAUAAAUGAAGUUUUUUGUUUUUUUUUUUUUCUUUUUGGUGCAAUAAAGUUUGUUUUGGCAGAAGGAGGAAGCGCCUAUGGGUGUGGGAGGGUUUGUGUAAAAGGAAGAACGGGAUUGUUUUGACAGCCACACCUCUCACCUAGGCCUGAAACUGUCAGGGAUAAAGAUAGUGCUCAGUGGAAGCCAAAAACUUGGGUUACGUGGUGUGGGUGGAAGCAGGACUACUGGUGGCAAAAGUUCCCAUCAUUAAGAAAUAAGGUCCUUUUUUUGAGGCUGUAACUUUGGCAGUCAGGAGAGGAAUGCCAUCUUAGCCUCGGCUGCUUUGAAAGAAAUACCUGUUCAGGAAGUGAGCUUGUCCUCAAGGACAGGCAGAGGUAGAGAUGGGCUCAGGCUAUAUAUCCCCUUGCUAAGGGAAAGGUGUCUUAGUAUGGAUAGUCCAAACCAUUGGGUUUUCAGUUUUCUGAUACCAAACGACCCCUUCUUAGGAAUUCAGAAUUCAGACCAUGAAGACGGGGCUUAAUGCUGGCCUCCCAGCUCAUCACCUUCUCUACUUGGUAUAGAAGGCUCUUGCUUUCUGGUACAGAGGCUUUUCCUCUUCGCUGACCAUGUGUGUCGGAAGAAAUUAUACACAAAACGUCCUGCCAACCUGUGCCACGCAAAGCUGCAUACAGGAAAGCGGGGGCCCGGGGGGCCUGUGGGCCUAGGCUCUAGCUUUGGCUCUGCUUAAGGUGGUGGCCUCUGGUCAAUUAGAUUCCUCACCUGCCAAAGUUAAGGACACGUAUUUAACUUUUAAGGUUGUGAGGACUAUACAAGGUGUAUAUAAAACUGGGUGUCUGGUAGGUGUUCAAUAAAUGAUUUCCCUUUCCCACCCCUGAGGUUAGAGGGAUGACCUGAUGAUCACUAUAGGAGGAAAAGGUAGUAAGGAAUUUGAGAAAUACUGUAUCCACUAUUGGUAAUUCCCCUCAAAUUAAGUUUUCUGUAACCACCAUUUAACAUUGACCUGUUUCCUUCAUACUCGUAGCUAAGUCUGCUGCCAUAACCUGGAACCUCUACAAAGGAAGCUGGAAGAGACUGAAAGGGUGACUAUUUACUGGUCCGUUAGGGUCUGCUCAUUUGAGAUAAGGAACAUUUUAUGAGGAAGGGGUUUGAAUUAACAGAGGCUAUAAUUUAUGUCUCAGGGCCACAGAAACUAGACUGUCUAGCCAGGAGACAGAAGGCCUUCAUUCUAGGCCCAGCUCUACCAUGAACUUGUAGGUGACCUGUGCAAGUCAUUUUAUACAUGUUCACUGUUAUCUAUGUUACUCAGGUUAUCCUUAGCGGAUAAAAAAGGUUUUCUCCAAUAAAGAUGCAAUGUGAAGGCACUUUAAAAAAAAGAAAGUAAUGGCUGAAGAAUACUGGGGGAAGAAAAAAAUUGGAAUUUUUUUGGUUUUUUGGUUCUUUUUUAAAACAAAGUUGUCGAGGUUUUAUUCACCACCAGCUCCUCCCUCUUCUCCCUGCCUGCUGCUGUGCCCCCUUCCGCUUUCCCAGUCAGGGGAGGGCUUCUCUGGCCUCCUCAGCUGUAAUCUCCUGGGAGUAGAGAUCAGUGAAGAGAGCUGGCAGCCAGUAGUGGGCCUCCCCUGGGGCCUGCAGGUCCAGCCAAGCCAGCCCUUCCUUCAGCAGGUGUUCCUGGCAGAAAAAGGAAAAAUCAACUGAGAAAGGGGAGUUUACAUAAUGUAGGGUAGAUAAUCCUCAAACCUAUCUUGGCUUCAGUGGGGUUUUCAAACUAAAUCUACAAGAGUGCCUUCACAUAUUUACACAGCCAAAUUAGAAUGAUUUGUUUAGCCUAGGUCUUUGCCUGAGGUGUGAGAAACGCCACCAAGUUGCUUAAUCUGUGCUGCUGGGAAAGAGGAUAACGACAAAGUGGGAUGUUGUGGAAGGAAGGGCUACAGAAAUAUUUGCUGUAUGGCUUUGAGCAAAUCACUAACUGCAUUCCCUAAAACAAAAUGGAGAUCAGUACCUUUCAGUUAACUUAUGGAGUAACAGACAGCUAGGGGGAAACCUUUUUGGAAAAGUUAAUGGAAAAACUGUAUUAGUAUUAGAAUGGACUCAUAGUUCCUAUAGCUGGAAGUAUGCUCCAGAUGGGUUGGUUCUACCCAAUAUCAUUAAAUGUUUGUUAUCCCCACUUCACAGAUGAAGUUAAGUCUAUAGUUCAACUGCCUGGGUAAGGAGAAAGGUAUUGAAAGCCAGGGUUCCUACGUGUUCAUGCCACUCCCUCUUCACAACAUCAGUCUUUCAUUAGUACCAUGAAAUGUGUAUAUAUAAAACUAUAUGUAACAUGCACUAUAAUAGUAUAUAAUUAUAGCAAUGUAGUUAUCAGUAGUUAAUAAUUCCCUUCACUCUGUACUAACAGUGUUACUUCCAGUACAAGCCACAUUAACCAUCUGACCAGGCUUUACAGGUCAGCAGAGAGAGGCAUUGGUGACUCCCCAGUGGCAGGGGCAGCCUGGCUGUACCCAUGUGCCAGGGCUGGAAGCCUGCCUUUGUGAGUUCUGCCUCUCAGUGCCAUCUUCAGAGAAAUGCUGGGGUUACUUCUGGUGUGGCAGCAGCAGCCUUCCAGGCAAGAAGUCAGCAGAGAGAGAGAGGCCACAGCUCUUGCCUGUGGGGUACCUGUCUACCCUCCUCCUCCCAUCUGGGGCCCAUCUUUUCUGGGCCAUUCCAAAAGUCACAUACCAGCACUUGCCGCGCUCGCUCCGUCUCCCAUUUAAGACUGGCUUUGAUGUCACUGACAGUCACAUAGCCACUUUUCUGAAGGAAGGAGGAAUGGAGGCUGCGUCAGUUAAGAGCGUGCUUUCCCUUAGAAUCCAGCAUCUGCCCAGGGACAAUUAAUUUACCCAGGCAGGAGGGGGAACUGCCCUUGGGUGAAGCCUAAGAGAGCACAGAAGAAUGUUUAGAGGUCCCAGUAGAGAGCAAGAGAGAAGUGACUUUCAGGAUGACAGAGGUAGGUUGAGGGGUUCAGUCCUAAAAAGUAGAGUCGAGUCCCUGGUACUAAAAUAUCAAUGUAGACUUUACCAGAGAACUCUAAAGUGACAAGGAAAGAUUCAGAAUGAUUAACUGAUAGGAAGAAAUGGUGAUCAUCAUAAACUGUUCAUAAUCUAAAAUAUUUAAGUAUUCAGCCCCUAUCCUGCCUCACCCUAACCAUUCCCCAAUCCAGAAAAGUCCCCUCCCUCAUUUAGUUCAAUUCUACAUUACAGAAUUGAGAAAACUGAACAUGUCUUCCCUAAAAACAUGAUAAGGAUUUCGAGGAAGAUGAUAUAGCUUAAGGCAUUGCUGAGGAACAGGAGGAUGGCAAACAAGAUUAAACAUUUUUUCAAAGAAUCCAUAAAGUAGUUUUACGAAGACAUCAAAAAAUCUGUCCACCAAGGAAAUUCAGUUAGUGGUCUGCAUGUCUGUCUACACUAGACUGUAAGCUCCUUGAGAGCAGGAACUAUAUGGUACCCAUCUUUAUAUGCUCCUACAGCCUGGCCCAGUGCUUUGCACUAUAGCUGCUCAAUAAACGUCUGCUAAAUAA